AUGGAAGAGGUCAUACUUCGGAUUGAACCCUUUGAAAUGUUUACUAAUCUUUUUGUCAAGUCAUCAGCUGUCUUCUUAAAUCACAAUGUUGCAAAAUCAUUAAUACUGGAUACUAAAUUAUUCUGGAGUGUAGAAGAUUGUCCCUACUCCACCGAAAGAAAAACUGGUUUGCUCUGGUAUAAGGUAUCAAAAUUCUUAGCACUUUGGUAUCCAGGACUCGGAGUUGUCUCAGCCAUAUCGAACGUUAUACUGACUCUGAAGGACAAGGUGUUACCAUUUUCUACUUUUGUGCCAGAAUCGCCUCCUUACUGGGUGCUUCACGUAUUACAAGAUUAUUCGUUUUUAACUGUCACCGUUGGAGCCCAGAUGUUUGAUGUUUUCUUCGCUACUUUAAUGAUGAUGGUUGUUAUUCAGUGGAGAAUGUUUAAUAGAGAGUUGGUGAAGAUGCUAGAAACCAAAGUGGAUACAAAAGAGGAAAGAAUUUUGUUUAAGCACCAAAUUCAGAAGCUUGUAGACUAUCACAAUUUCUUGAGGGGGUACGUUGAACGAAUCAAUAAGCUUAUGGCUUAUGUGAAUCUAGAGAUGAUAACUCUUGUAGUGGUUACGUACUGCGUAUCUUUAUUUGUUAUUUUAAUAUGCGCACCUGAUGAUGCUUUAACCCGUAUCGCACUCCUGUUCUUAUACACCAAUGAAUUUCUACUGUUUUAUAUAUUGCCAGCACAACUAUUAACAAGUGAAGCAGAGAAUACAGAAAGAUGUGCAUAUGGUAGCUCAUGGUAUGAAAGUGGCAUGGAUUUAAAAAAACCAAUAUUGCUAAUGAUUUCUUCUAUAAGCAAGAGGCCGGUGUACAUAUCGGCAGCAAGGAUAUUUAAUUUUACAUUUGCAACCGGACUAUCGACAUAUAAAUUAAUAUUUUCUUAUUACACGUUUCUUUCGAAAAUGGACGCCAAAUAAACGAGGGACGAGUAACUACAUAAUUUAAUUUAAAUACAAUGAUAAGGAACACAAAAAUUACCU